AUGAGAUUAAUAUCUAUUUCUCUUGCUCUGAUGGGCCUGUUGAUCCAACAAUCCUCUGCAGUGACUUGGUAUUUCCUCCAAUGGUACACGCCGACCACUUCUGCACAAUUUCAAUCGUUUUCGAUGCAAAUGGUUGCUCCAAAUCUCCAGCAACCAGGCGUGUACUAUCUAUGGCCGGGUCUUCAAGAUAAUUCUCUCACCGGUGUCUAUCAAGAAGUCCUUGACGGCGGGUCUGGGGAAUGGUGGAUUGGCCCGGGAUGCAACCCAAGUCUCGCAUGGGGAUCAGGAUUCAAUGUCCCGAAUCAAGAUGCUGUCCAAAUUUCUAUGACUAGGAAUGCGGAUGGCAUAAACUGGACUUCGAAUCUCACGAUGGGCUCUUCGUUCGUUAGCAAUUCUUUCCCUCUUGCAUAUAAGAACUUCAACCAGGCCCUUCUCGCAAUUGAGCUCUACGACCUGACCUGGGAUUUUGGCAAGUUGGUUUUCAAUAAUGUCGUUAUGGUCGUGAACACAACAGCGACAGCGUGGUGUACAAGCCAAACACCGGCGAUAAGUAUCCCAGAGGCCUACUAG